AUGAGCAGCAGCGCCCAGUGGGACAGCAAACAGGACAAGAAGCUCCUGAAACCCUUGAUGGAGAAGCGGCGCCGGGACCGUAUGAACCGGAGCCUGGAGCGACUCCGGCUCCUCCUAUUAGAAGCCACCCAGGACGAGAGACUUAAAAACCCCAAAGUUGAAAAGGCCGAAAUUUUACAAAAAACAGUUCACUUUGUGAGGACCCAGCCUCCUGCAGAGCCGGCGAGGCGAGACGACACCUUUUUGCAGAGGUACCACAGCGGCUAUCGGGAAUGCCUGAGCCAGGCCACGCACUUCCUCCGCUCCAGCCCGGGCAUCUGCGCGGGCAAGAAGGCCUACCUGAUGGAGCGCAUCUGCCACUGCAUGGAAAAAAUCACCUCCCGGGAGCUGCCGACGGGCAGCCCGUUCUCCAACCCGGCCUACGCCCGCGACGCCUUGGCCAGCUGCAGCCCGCCGCUCGGGGACGCCGCCUGCGUCCUGCACCCUGCUCCGGCCUUCCCUGCCGGCCACAGACUGCAGACCUUCGCGGCCGGCCGGCCCCAGCUGGGGAACUCCAGCAAAGGCGCUCGGGACAAGCUGAAUGGCUCACAGAACUCUGCUGGCCAGCCCCAGGAGCUCAACGUCUGGAGACCAUGGCCAUAG